CAAGAUGGCGGGCUCGUGGUGAGAAGCUGUGAAGCAGGAGUAGAAGUUAGUAUGCCUAGAAGCAGAUUUUAAAAGCAGUUUCUCUUCAGAACAUCUUUUUUCAUACCACUUGAUAAGCAUCUUGAAACACCAUGGCUGUAGCUGCAGUAAAAUGGGUGAUGUCAAAGAAAACUAUCUUGAAAUGUUUAUUUCCAAUACAAAACAGAGCUUUAUAUUGUGUUUGUCAUAAAUCUACAUAUUCUCCUCUACCAGAUGACUAUAAUUGCAAAGUAGAGCUUGCUCUGACUUCUGAUGGCAGGACAAUAGUAUGCUACCACCCUUCUGUGGACAUUCCAUAUGAACACACAAAACCUAUCCCAGGGCCGGAUCCUGUGCAUAAUAAUGAAGAAACACAUGAUCAAAUCCUGAAAAACAGAUUGGAAGAAAAAGUUGAACCCCUUGAGCAAGGACCUAUGGUAGAACAACUUAGCAAAACGUUCCUUACUACUAAGCACCGCUGGUAUCCUUAUGGACGGUAUCAUAGAUGUCGUAAGAAUCCGAAUCCUCCAAAAGACAGAUGAUGCUGAGGUUCCUGGGAGAAUCAAAGAGAAAUGUGCCUCAUUUGCAAUUUGAAAAAAUGCUGUCUGGUGUAUUCACUAAUAUGUAGUAAAGUAAUAAUGAUAAAAUACCUUUUCAUAUAUUAGAAUGUGUACUUUUAUAUAUGUUAAAUAAUUCUGAAUUUGA